GGUCCCCCGGCGCACGCGCGGUGCCGGCACGGGCUGUAACAACCGCGUCGCCCGGGCAACGGAUUGCAACAGGGUGGCGGCGUCAUGGCUGCUGCCUGGAUAGCUUCACGGAAAACCUUGCCUCUCGAUGUGCCUGAGCGGAAGCUGUUUCCUCUUCACUGGGCCUCAGACAGACUCGGAAAUGAGUUCCCCCCAAUAAGGGGAACCCCGAACCGUGGACCCGGCUGCUAUGACACCUUUUCUCAAAACAGUAUGUCUGGCAACCUGGGAAAGAAACCAGAGAGUAAAAUAGGAUAUACGUUGGGAGCGAGGACGUCAGUUCGAUUCUCGCCUACGCAGAGUAUAUCACCUGGCCCUGCAGUGCAUCAGAGAAGAUUUGGAAGAAAUCAGGGUUUCAAACCAUCAAGUGCACCGUUUGGUUCCACAUCUCAUAGGAGUAAACAGAGCUCAUCAAGUAAACUUCAAGUUCCUGGUCCUGGUACAUAUGAGCCCAACACGCCAAGAAACAGGCAUGUAACGUGGCCAAUGAAGUUCGAUACUCCGGACUGGAGUUUGGUCUCUGCUCCAAAAAAGCGCACGUUACGGAUUGAGCUUGCUGGUGACAAGGAAUUCCGGAAACACAGGAAUAGAGUGGCAUAUUUCAGCUUGUACUACACCUGAUAACGUCAAGGACUGGAUCUUAAUACAACUGUCAUGGAUUAUCAUUCACUGUAUCAUUGAUACCAUCUGUGGAUCACAGAACAGUCUUUUAUAAUACUGUCCACAACAUACUCUGUAAUUAUGUGUCAGUGUAGUAGGUCUCAUUAAACAGAACUUAGUGAAUGUGUUAUCCUUCAUAGUUAGAAAGCAGUAGUUCACUGUGUCAAUUGACAACUAACUGAAAUAUCUCAGACUGGUCCAGUGAUAAGUUCUUGCUGGAUGUUUAGAAUAUUGUGGGUUGAAGCCCUUCUGCGUUACUUAAGGACUUACUCCAGGGCAUAUCCAGCUUUAUUUAUGGAGAGGUAGAUCUGCAGUCUUUUUAUUGUGAUGUUAGACCUGUUCAGAUGGGUGUAAGAGAGAGCAUGGGACUUUUAGAAAAACAUCAGAGUUGUUGCAGGGUCCUCACCGACAGUUAUUUCAACCGUUAGUGAAAACCGAUCAAUAUCAUUUGUGUAACUAAGCUGUAUGCUAACUGUUCUCCCUAAAUAUAUGAAUUAUAUUGCUUAAGUUUUAAUUAAUGGUCAGUCAUUUGCUGCAUGAAUAAGAAGAGGAAAGAUGUAAUUUCUUGAAGGGGAUGUACAAUGACAGUGAAAGGCAAUUCUGUGUGCCUGGAGGUAGAUUGGGAGUGAGAUGGAGAACACAAAACAGGGCCAUUCACAAUUAUACAGGCUUGUGAAAUUGUUUUUUCAGGUAUUAAGGGGAACCAAGUUUAUCUCUUAUUUAUGUUGGAGGGGAAUCCAGAAUCUAAAAAUUUGAACCAGGCUAUCAGGGGAGAGACACAUGUUUGAAAAUGGCAACCGAUGCUAGUCUAAUUGUCAGUUUUAAAUAUGAGGCUGACAUUAUUUUCAUUAAAAAGGAUAAUAAGGAAUAUGGAGUAAAAGUAAGUAUAUGGAGUUGGAUCAGAGGUCAGUCAUGUUCUGUAUCUGAGGGGCUGGAUAGUUCACUCCUCCUCUUAAGUUUCUCUAAUCCCUACCCAAUUUCUACCAACAUAUUUCAAAAUCAUUUUUUAGGGCAUAAGUGCAAGGUUUUGGCUAAGCUUGACUCACAGUUUCCUUUUAUUUAAACCAUAAUGGUUAAUCUCCAGAAGGAGAAUCAAAACCAAGCUCUGUUGGCUUUGUCAGUAACUGUAAAUCUUGCACCUAAUAUCUUUCCACAGACCAGCUUUAUUCCUCAUUAUCAACUGCAUCCAAUUUCAGCAUCCCAUGUUAAAAUGUCUUCCUGUUUGCACAACUGUGCAUCAGCUUUUCAAACAUUUUAGAAUACAAUUUUUAAAAAUAUUUUUGCUUGUAAUGACAAUUUAGUUCAUUUGUUUCAAAUUAGAACACCUCUAUUUCUUGGCAAUCCUUUUAUAAAGAUCUUGCAAUAGAAUGUACAAAUGGGGAGUAGGUCACUCAGCCCUUCUAACCUGCUCUGCCACUUAAUAUGACCAUUACUAAUCUAACUGCAGUACAUCUUUCUGUACUGAAUCUUGCUGGAUUUUAGUUAGAGACUUAAAAAUGUUACAAUGUGUGCAAGUAUAAUUAUUGAUAAGGACAAGAUGUAAGAAACACAAGAUGUGUUCUUCAUGAAUUCUUGCUACUUUUAUGCUAACACAUACAUCAAUCAAGCUGUUUAACUAAGAAAGGUAAAUUUAUUAAAUCGAUACAAGCACAUUUCAAUGAGAUUCACAGAGUUGCACGUAACAAAUAACUGGGUCUGCAAGAAAUACAGGUUUUGAAAAAAUGGAGCAAAUAGUUUUCAUCACAGUCUAUAAUUUUUAUACUUUUUUGAAAUGACAGCACAAAAACAUUUAAUAAUACCAAAGAAGGCACAUGCUUUAUUUUGUACACCUAUCCCUGUACAUCAUCCGGUUUUGAUGGGUUGGACAUUACAAAGAGUAUGUCUUUCAGUGUAGAGAAAUAUAAUGCUGUUUUUCUGGAAACACUACACAACUGGAAGGCACUUUACGUACCAUCAAGUGUGGUUAGAUGUUUUGGGACCACUUUACAAAUGAAUGUGCAUAGUGAACAGAUUGCACAAACUACCUCCUUAAUGAAAUACUUUGUUCUGUAGGUGACUUUUUAAAAUCAUUUAUUAAAAAAAAUGCCAAUAAACACGAUCCUCUGGACAACAAUUAGUACGAUUUAAAUUUAUUUAGUACAGAUGAGAACUUGUAAUUUAAUGUUACAUAUAAUUUAGACAUUAAACUUGUCUUAUGAUGUUUUAACUUCUACUACAAUUUGAAAAAUAGGACUAUCAAAAAUCCAAAUAUUCAGGUUUUGACUGAAGCCAAAGUUGACAACUGAAUUAAAAUUAGGAAUAAACAGAUCAAAACUUCUAAUGCUAUAUUUGGAUCUUUAAUGAUGUUGCUUUAUGCUAGCACCUUUUUUAGGGAGAUAAUUUGAAGCUAACAUUUUGUGAUUCAUACUACAGCUUUACUUAAUUGAUAUCCUAAUGGGCUGGCUGGUUCUGUUGAUUUUACUGGUUUUACACAAGCUUGAGAAUUUGUUGAUGGAUUACCUAAUGUUAGUAAAAUAAAAUGUACUUUAAAGUUACC